AUGGAGUAUCAUCCUGAAACCUCUGCCCUACAUGCCGACGACGAGUUGGAUGUGACCAAUGAUGUGGCACCUCCUCUCCAUGUGGCAAGCACUUUUCGGUUUCCCUCAGAUCCUGCGCAACUCGUUCCAUUGAGGCAUCGAAAUGCAGAAGACAAAAGCCACGUUUACGCUCGUCUGACAAAUCCCAACACAACCAGAUUCGAAACACUACUUACGUCUCUUCUUAAGGCGCCCUCAUUGACAUAUACAUCCGGACUGGCAGCUUUAUUAGGCGUAUUGUUUUGUCUUAAGCCUCGUCAGAUAUCCAUUGGCAAAGGAUAUCCUGGAUGCCAUGGAACAAUCGCGCUCGUCAGUGGCCUAAAUGGAAUGAAGAAGCUGCCUCUGGAUUGCGCAGCAGAAGACCUUCAGACAGGAGAUGUCAUCUUCCUGGAGACUCCUGUCAAUCCUACUAGUGUCGCUAUGAAUAUCCAGGAUUUUGCUAAUAAGGCACACUCGAGGGGAGCCAUCCUAGUCGUGGAUGCCACGUUUGGCCCUCCAGGACUUCAAGACCCAUUCCUGCAUGGUGCCGACAUUGUACUUCACUCCGGGACCAAAUAUCUUGGAGGACAUAGCGACAUGCUCUGUGGUGUCGUUGCAACAAAUAAUCGAGAGUGGUAUACGCAGUUGAAGAAAGAGCGGUUCUUCUUGGGCGGCGUGAUGGGCAGUCUUGAAGGCUGGCUUGGCGUUCGCAGCAUGAGAACUCUUCAUCUUCGAGUUGUACGACAGAGCGAAACGACUACAAAAUUGGUUAAAUGGCUCAGCACAUAUCUCAAGGCUGAUGAAACUAGUGGGGUGCAAGAAAAAUCGGAAUCACAAAUUAUCAAGGCCACUCUCGCCAGCAUCACCCACGCAUCUCUUCAGGCGGCUGACCUGGAGCAAGGGUGGCUCAAGUCUCAAAUGCCUAACGGCUUUGGACCCGUCUUCUCUAUAUGCCUAAAAUCUCGAAAUAUGGCCAAUAGAUUUCCAAGCAAGUUGAAGUUAUUCUCUCAUUCAACUAGUCUUGGAGGAGUUGAGAGCCUCAUUGAGUGGAGGACAAUGACAGAUCCUGAAGCCGAUCCUACGCUUCUUCGUAUUAGCAUUGGAGUAGAACACUGGGAGGAUCUUAAGGCUGACAUAUUACAAGCUUUGAAGGCUGUCUUACAAGAGGAAAAGGAAUAA